AUGGCGGUGUCGUGUGAUAAGAUAUCUAAUGCUAUUACAGCAAGAAAACGAGAAAAGCGACAAUUUUAUGGCAGUCAUGGCUUCGGUAUUAUAUCUGUUGGGCCAUAUUUCAAUUUAGCCUGGGGCAAUGGUCAUAGUGGUUGGCAUGGCCCAUGGGGUUAUGGACAUGGCCCGUGGGGUUAUGGGCAUGGCUGGGGAGGGCCAUGGCAUUCAUUUGGACCUUUUGGGAUGAGACGACGAUUCAUGAGGAGACGUUGGGAAAUUUGGGAUGGGUUACACGAAGAUCAUGGUCCAUGACAGCGUUUUAAACGGCAAUUGUACGGCUUCUCGAUAGGUCCAUUCAGUUGGUUUCAUGGAGGAAUUGGACAAAAUUACGGAUUUACUCCUUUUCUACGUCGGCGUCCUUUUGUUCGACGAUUUUCGCGUAGACGUUUCAGUAGAAUUCGUGAUGGAGGGUGGUAGAAUAUACAUUUGGGACAAUUCAAACGAUCACUGAACAAUCUACCACGUGUUUUUUCGUUGUUGGAUCCAUCUGAAAUACGUUAA